AUGGCUUAUUCUCGUUUUUUUCUACUUUCAAUACGUAAUUAUGUUUUUCAUACAAAGCCUAAAUUACGUUUCUUAUCUACAACACGUCCCAUUUAUUACGAAUCGGUAGCUCAACAUGCAAAUAAUGUAGCUUUAAUUGACCAUUCAUCUUCAUAUACCUAUGGUCAAUUGUAUUCUGUUCCACGUAAACUUUCUCGUCGUCUUGUUCCACUUUGCCAACAACAACAAAAGUCAACAGAUGAUACACACGAUAAAAGUAGUGUACAAUUAGGUGUACUCUGUCCAAAUGAUGCAUCAUUUAUUGUUGCUAUGUGGGCUUCAUGGAUGGUUGGUGCCACUGUAGUUCCUUUAUCACUACAACAUCCACCAGCAUCACUUGCCUAUUU